CAGCUCCGCUUUUUUUUUUAAAAAAAAUAAUUAAAAGGCACAAAAAAGAGGAAAGGAAGGGAAAUUCUAGGGCUUCGAACGCCUCUUCUUCGCCCCAUCGUUGGCGGAGCGAAGCAGAGGUACUCUACUACUAGGAUUAGGAUUUGAAGUAGGAUCGAGGUGGUACGAGGAAUUGGUGGGAAAUUCAGGGUGUUGAAUCGAUGUAUGAUGGUAUCGUCGUGAAAUCAAGUGUAAUCUCUUUGAAGUAGGUCAAAGUUCUUUUUUCUAUGGUAAAGGUGUGAAUUUGCGCGCUUGGGCAUCCACCAGCGCCCGUAGAUCUCGAGAAAACACCGCUAGGAAUCGCCAAUCAUGAGUUUUGAGCCCUUCAACAGAUUGGUGCGGCUCGCAGCGCGGGCUUUCUACGAUGACAUUACGAUGAAGGGCGAGAACCAGCCCAAGACGGGGAGGGGCGACAAUCGAGGAAUUGCCGUCGUGGUCCUCGACGCGCUUACGAAGCGACAAUGGGUCAGAGAGGAAGAUUUGGCUAAGUCUUUAAGGCUGCAUUCGAAACAACUUCGCCGUACUUUACGGUUUUUUGAAGAAGAGAAAUUAAUAACAAGAGAUCAUCGAAAAGAGUCAGCUAAGGGCGCAAAGAUAUACAGUGCUGCAGCAGCUGCCGCCAUUGAUGGUCAAGUAGUUAAGGAGGGUGACGAGAAGAUUAAAAUGCAUACGCAUUCUUACUGCUGCUUGGAUUAUGCACAGAUAUUUGAUGUUGUACGAUAUCGAAUGCAUCGAAUGAAGAAGAAACUGAAGGACGAAUUGGACAGCAGGAAUACGAUUCAACAGUACAUAUGUCCUAACUGUGGGAGGAGAUAUUCAGCUUUCGAUGCACUGCAACUUAUAAGCUAUACGGAUGAGUACUUUCAUUGUGAAAAUUGCAAUGGAGAACUUGUUGCGGAGAGUGACAAGCUUGCUGCUGAGGAAAUGGGGGAUGGUGAUGAUAAUGCAAGGAAGCGGAGGCGUGAAAAAUUGAAGGACAUGCUUCAAAAGUUGGAGGAGCAACUGAAGCCAUUGGCGCAACAGCUUGCAAGAGUGAAGGAUUUGCCAGUUCCUGAGUUUGGAACUUUGCAAGCUUGGGAGGCUAAAUUAAGUGCAGUUGCUCGUGCAAAUGGAGAUGCAAAUGGGGGUGAUCCUACCAAAUCUUCCCAAGGGCAAGGAUAUGGUGGAACACCAAUGCCGUUUCUUGGGGAGACAAGCGUUGAAGUGGCACUAUCUGGUGUUGAAGUUAAAGAAGAGGAUACAGAGACUGAUACUAAAACCACACCUAUGAAAGUUUUACCCCCAUGGAUGAUCAAACAAGGAAUGAACCUCACAAAGGAACAAAGAGGAGAGGUCAAACCCGUGCCCAAAAUCGAUCAGAGCUCGGAACCCGUGGAUGACAAGAAGCCAAAGGAUAUAAAAGAAGAUGAUGAAAAGAACAUACAGGAUGAAUAUCUAAAGGCCUACUAUGAGGCUUUGGUGAAGAGGCAGAAAGAACAAGAAGAAGCAGCAAGGAGGAUAGAACAGCAACAAGAGGAGAAUAGAACAUCUACUUCUGACCAAUUUACUGCUAGUGUUUCUGAGCGACGAGUUGGCAUGAAGUUUAAACGGGAGGAAAAUGAGAACGAUGAUGUUGAAUGGGAAGAGGGUCCACCACCUUCAGUGAAUACAGGUGAAACGUUUUAUAAACUUGCUGAUUUGAAUGUCGAGGCCGAUGCAGUUGCUGAUGAUGAAGAUGACAUUGACUGGGAAGAAGGUUGAGCAGGAGACUUAAGUUUGAACUUAAAGGGGGCUACUUCUCUCUUUCAGAAUUAGUAAAAAAGGUUCUGAUUGAAGUGGGGAGAUUCUCUCUAUAGCAUCUCUCUUCCACUACACUUAGAUGCUGUGUCACCAAGAUAGUUGGGGUAUACGAGAACCUUAUGUAGAAAAUUUUUCAAAAAUACUAUUUCUAAUUUUUUUUCGAGGUUAGUUUGCGAAAAAAGCACUUGUAAAAGAAGUUGAACCUUUCUGUCUAUCUUUAGAACAUACUGCAAGAUCAGAUUGUAAAAUCAGUCAAAGAACAUCCUGAUGUUUGCCUUUUAAGUGUUGGUGUUUUAAGUUGCAUAGUUGUGCACAUUGACAUUA